AUAUACUAUUACAAAUACAACAACAACAAGAUAAUGAUAUCAAAGGAGAAAUUGUUGUUAAUUACAACACCUAUUGUAAUUACAACAGCAAUCGCUUACUAUUUCAUCUUUAACUUACAGGACAAGUUGAGAUUGCUAAAGGAUAGACUCGAGAAGGAGAAGCAGGCAAAGAUACAUGAGCAAAAGAAGUGUGAGGAACAGAGACUGGGCAGAACAAGAGCAGAGAGAGAGUUGCGUAGAGUCCUCAAUGACCUAAAGGAGGACCGUCAGAACUCACAUCAAGAGAGACCACCUGAUUAUCCUCCAAUUGGUUUCUUGGAGUGCUGCUUCAGAGAACGAAAUGGAACACCGAGACAGGGUGCCUUUGUCACCAAGGGUAGAGCCAUCCUUAAGCUACGAACAAACAUCAACCCUGCACAUGCCCUCGAGGGUCUCGAUCAGUACAGUCAUUGUUGGUUGAUCUUUGUCUUCCAUGAGAACACAAACACUCUGCGUGGUGUCAGACAGGACAGACCAGGCAGCAUGGUCAAGGCAAAGGUCAAGCCACCAAAGUUGGAUGGUGUCCGUGUUGGACUGUUCUCAACGAGAACUCCACAUCGUCCAAAUGCCAUUGGUCUCAGUGUGGCCAAGAUUGACAAGGUCGAAGGCAGCUGUUUGUACCUCUCUUGCAUCGACUUGAUUGAUGGAACACCUAUAUUGGACGUCAAGCCAUACAUCAAGCAUUACGACAGUGUGGAGGAGGCUAUCAACCCAGCUUGGACACUCACUCCAACCGUGCCUCCACUGAAGGAAGUGCGCAUCCUACCAGAGGCAGACGAACAGCUACAGGCAUUGGUCAACAAGAAGAUACUCAAGUUCUAUGACAACUUUGAUGACAUUAGACUGGCCAUCAUGCAGGUGCUCAUUGAGGACAUUCGCUCGAUCAGAAAGAGAAAGAGCGAUAAGAUUCAUGACUUGACCAAGGACACUGUGGAGAAGUUGUCUGAUGAAGAGGACUUGACACCAGAGAAGCACAGGUUCUGUAUCGAUACACUCAAUGUUCGUUUCACCGUAGUGGAUCAGAUUGCAGAGGUGUUUGAAAUACAACACGACAUUGUUCUGAAGAAGAAGGAGAAGAAUAUCUAUCAACCAUCUAGCAUCUAUGUUGAUAACGCUGCUGCUACUGAAAAACAACAACAACAACAAGUGGAGGAAGAGGAAGAGGAGGAAGAC